AUGGCUUCCCCAUCCGUAUCUGCAAUCCUGGAUAGUAUCGCCACUUCUCGGGCGGCAUUCGACAAGAACGAACCAGGCUCAAGAGAAAGUCUCAUUGAUCAAAGUCGCGCGCUGAUUGCAGCAUUGGAGAUCCCAAGCGAGUUCGUCCAGCGCACCUUCUGGGCCGAGCCAGCUCAAAGCGCCAUUCUCCGCCUCGCCGUCGACGUCAAGCUUUUCCAACACCUCAAGGACGCGGGCGAUGCGGGCCUCACCCCAGUGGCCUUUUCCCAAAAGACCGGAGUCGACAAUGCUCUCCUGCAAAGACUAGCAAGACAUUUGGUGUCAAUGAACCUUUUGUCCUUCCACCAUGGAGCGUUCCAUGCCACAGCGCUGAGCAAUGGUCUUGCAGCGGAGAAUUAUCAACACAGCAUGCGCUUCUGCUACGAUGCAGCGAGGCCCUCAUUUAAUGGUUUCCCGGAAUAUUUCAAGAAUUCCGAGUAUAAGUCCCCAACUCUGGGUGGAACGGACGGCCCGUUCCAGGAGGCCCACAAGACUAGUCUUCCCUUCUUUGAAUGGCUUGUCGCAACACCACCGCACCUUCAACAUUUCAAUUCCUUUAUGACCGCAUACCGCGCGGGAAAGCCGGAUUGGCAUGCAUUCUACCCCGUUGCCGAGCGAUUGAUCACGGGCUUCGAUACUUCCAUCAGUGAUGUGGUGCUUGUCGACGUCGGUGGCGGCAGAGGCCAUGAUGUGGCUACCUUUGCUGCGCAGUAUAGCCCCGUUCCGGGCAGGAUUGUUCUCCAGGAUCGAGAGCCUGUUAUCGCAGCGGUUGUAGCUAAUGGCGUGCCGGAAUCCUUUGAAGUUCAGACACACGACUUCUUUACCCCACAGCCUAUUAAGGGUGCACGCUCUUACUUGCUUCACUCUAUUCUCCACGACUGGAGCGAUGAGGAUGGCAUUAGAAUCCUGGAGAAUCUCGUGCCAGCUCUCGAGAAGGGUUAUUCACGAGUCCUGUUUAACGAGAUUGUGAUUAAUGAAGAGAAUCCCACACUUGCAGGGACCAGCAUGGAUAUGAUGAUGUUGGCGCAUUUCGCCGUGAGGGAGAGAACAGAGGCUGAUUGGAAGAGUCUUUUGGCUAAAGCCGGGCUGGCAGUGGUCAAGAUCCACAACUAUCCAGGCGUUGCCGAGAGUGUGAUCGAGGCGGAACUGGCUUGA